AUGGCGGAAACUGGUACAGCCGCUACAGCGGUCUCUCCCAUUGAAGGGCACCGACGGGGCCCUUGGUCUCAGGCCGAGGAUGACAAGCUCAUUGCGCUCGUCGGCGAACAUGGUGGCCUCAACUGGGUCCGCAUCUCCAUCAGUCUCGGCACAAGAUCUCCCAAGCAAUGUCGCGAGCGCUUUCACCAGAAUCUAAAGCCAAGCCUCAGCCAUGAACCGAUCUCGGCUAACGAAGGAGCUUUUAUCAUUGACUGUGUUCACAAAAUUGGCAAGAGAUGGGCAGAAAUUGCACGCCAGAUGCCCGGUCGCAGUGACAAUGCCGUCAAGAACUGGUGGAAUGGCAACCAGAAUCGCAGCAAAAGAAGCGAGGCACGCCGCCGCAAUAGCUACCUUUCAGCUGCCACUUCAACUUUCUAG